CGAGGUGGGUCCGCAUCAAACCUCCAAGCAAGAAAAUUAUUCCAAAUAUUCCUUGAUCCGGCCGCUCCUAUGAAAGGGGAAGAUUGAAACCCUAACCCUUGCAAAGCACUAGUAAGGAAGUAUUAGCAAAGAAGGCGAGUAAGCGAGCAAAGGAAUGCAUUUUUUCUUCAUAUACCCAGGGUUCCCUGUAGGACCGGCGGCUGGGUAUGGCGGCUUCUUUGGAGCAGAUCUUUAUUCGCAGUGGCGAGUCUUGCCCACCACAGUCCUACCUGACGGCGAUCCGUCUCUGAACAGCAAAAUACUGAACGCAUACUCGCGUGGAUCUUCCCGCCGCAUGCCAUGCCCCUCUUCACGGCGGCUUCCGGUCGCUCUCAAAACCCUAAAGAUCGGGGAAAAUGAGCAGCUCAAGCAUGGCAAUAAAGCAGAGAGCCCUCGCAGCCCCUGCUUCGAUUAUUUGCCGUUUUAUGACCGGGUGAUCGGCGCUGAUGAUGACAAUGAACGUAAGAUCGGCGCUGAUGAUGACAAUUUUCAUCUUUUGACGGCAAAUAGCUCUGCAGGAAGUAAUGGCUUAUGGGAUCCUCGAUCGUUCGUCGUCGGGAAAGAAGAAAAUCCUGUCUUCUGAUCGGCGUUCAGCUCGCAUCAAACGUGGUAUUGGAAGUCGUCUCUUUUUGCAUACGCAUUGUAUAUAUGCUUUAAUAUACUCACUGUAUAUAUAGGUCUGCUUGAACGCUGCUUGUCUGUAUUUUGUACUGUUUUAGUGUUUGACACAGGGUACUUUAGUAUGCCUGCUACGGCUGUAUAAGGGUAUUUUGUACGGUUUAAAAGUUUUCCAAGUAAGAGUGAAGUGUAUAUAUUAUAUACCUAUGAUCUUUGUAUUUGUUUUAAUUGAAGAGACAUUUGAACUUCAGCCCUUCAGAAGUGAGGGAUUGGGUUAA